UGCUCGGGAGUCCGCGGGGACUCAGGCGAGUACUUGGUGGCCGCGGACGGCGCGGGCGCGCCCGUCAUGGUGCCCUGCGACAUGCGGACGGCCCGCGGCGGCUGGACCGUCAUCCAGAGGCGCGCCGACGGCUCGCAGGACUUCAACCGCAAGUGGGAGGACUACAGCAAGGGCUUCGGCAAGCUAGCCGGCGAGUUCUGGAUCGGUAACGAGGCCCUCCACCGACUGACGGCGGACGGCUGCAUGGAGCUGCGCGUCGAGCUGGGCGACAUCUACGGGCAGCGCUGGCUGGCCGAGUACGACCAGGUGGUGGUCGGGGCGCGCGAGGACGGCUUCCGGCUCAGCGUGACCGGCUACCGCGGCAACGCCUCGGACGCCCUCGACUACCAGACGGGCAUGGAGUUCUCGGCGCCGGACCGCGACCGCGACACCUCGCACACCCACUGCGCCCAGAACUACGAGGGCGGCUGGUGGUUCUCGCACUGCCAGCACGCCAACCUCAACGGCCGCUACAACCUGGGCCUGACCUGGUUCCAGGCCGACCGCAACGAGUGGAUCGCCGUGGCCACGUCCGAGCUCAAGCUGCGACGCCAGCCGGGCUGCGUGUCCAGGUCACCGCCGUCCACCACCAGCACCACGAGCACCACCACGGACGCGCCCAGCACCACCAGCGACACCAGCCUGGCCUCGAGCCUGGCCUCCACCAGCGACCUCAGCGACGCCACGGUCUGAGACCGGUCACUUGUUGUCGAUUCGGCGCCGCCGCCGCUGCGUUGAGGGAAAGGGGUUAUUUCGACGACCACCACUUCUCCAUAGGACGUGAUUAUAUACUUAUUGAGAAUGUUACGGUGUUCUUACUUCCUAGUCAGAGUGUGACUGAGACUUUGAGGGGGCUGGUGCCACGAUGUUACCGUGCCGUAAGGGAAUGACCAUAAAUUCAGUUGCGUUUCGUACAGUCUGACUGUGUUUCGACACUCUUGAACCCCCAUAGAUUCUCAAAAAUAUGUGAACUUUUGUCGAACUAGAGACUAUAGGGUUCUAGAGCUAAGCAAGUCAAAGGUUUUAUGUUGGUGCAUGUAAUUUGUGCCCACUCUGCUGUGGAUUUGCAAGAACCAUUAGACUUCAACAAACUGUCAUUCAAAUGGAUGACAAGUUUUCUUCCUUUUCCAUGUAGAAAAAAAAAUAGGCUGAUUUUUGUUUAUUUAAUAAAAUGAUGGGAUUUCUCAACUUUAUUACACAGUCAGAAAUAGUUGGGCAAUUGAUAUCAAUAAGGAUUCGGUUUUGGCUGUGUAACUUUUCAAUUAUUGAUGUGAGUAUUUAUACGUGACAAAAUAAAUGACUUGCGAGAGAAAAGUCAUUUGCCCAUUUGCAUAGGGUGAAACUUAAUAGCAGUAAACCAAAGCAAUUUUUUUUGUUACCAAUUUAUUUUGUAAAAGUUCAACUUGUAUGUAGUAUGUAAUAAACAGCAUUAAGUGUUUUCUUUUCAGAGAAAUGAACUUGUUUUCAGCUGUUUAAUUUUUAGGUCUGUUAUUUAUUUGUAAAUAAUUUUCACAGAAUAUUGUAUAAACUAAGUCAUAAUAGAAAAUUUCAAAUUCAUUAGCAUUAUUUAGGAAUAUAUUGUUCUCAAAAACAUCUCUUUUAGGCAUGAUAGAGCCAUUGCUUAAACUUGCUAUGGCAUAGUUGUCUUGUCGCUAAUUGGUUACUCAUAAUUCAUUUUGAAAUGUAAUGAAUUAUUCAUUUAAUGAAGGUAUUUACUUUCUCAAAAUGUUUAAGUAAGGUAUUGGUAUCAGCACCCAAAGACAUGUAAAUUAAAAUACCUCUCAUUGCUAGGUUUUAAAAUUAAAUUUAAGUUAUUAAGAUGAGUGUCUGAAUUGCGAUAAAGUGAUCAUAUGUGUGACUGUGUGAGUAAAUGAGGUGAGGAACAUGUAAAGUGUCUACAAAUAAGUAAACGUGAAUAAAGAUUUGUUUUAAUGAUAAA